AGUUACCUGCGCGCUCAUCUGCCGAGGAGAGGCGCUGUCCGAGGUCCUGAAGUCAUUUCAACAACUCCUGUUAUCUCACUCCUGGCCUUGUGUGAAGACAACUUAAGGGUUUCUCCCAAAAGCAACAGCUGGAGGGGACACUGUCCGCCAACAGCUCCAGAAAGAGCCUAAUAUGGUAACUCGAACCAGAGUUCAUCUACAAACUUUGGUACUUUUGAUUUUUGUUGUCCACCUGAGCCGGCCAGUAUGUGUCGAUGUCCCGUCAGCGACUGAUGCAGUCCUUGGGACAUCCAUGAAGUUGUCCUGCAUUUCUUGUAUGAAGAGGGAUGAAAUCAAAUCAAAGACGUACGUGAAUUGGUACUACAUGCCAAACGAAGAAAAAGACAUCCCAUCUAACAAAACUCAUAUAUGGAAGUAUGAUGUUGACAGAUCAGUUGAAUUGGACGGACCAUUUAAGGGCCGUCUGGCCUGGAAUGGGACCCAGGAUUUGCAAGAUGUCUCCAUUCGAAUCAUCAACGUCACCUUUAAUGACAGUGGCAUUUAUGAGUGCAUCGUCUUUCGCGAGUUUGAGUUUGACUUCUUCAAACCCUCAGCCUCCCUCACCAAGGAAAUCAAGUUGAAGGUGAAAGCGAAAGCCACUGGAGACGCCGCAGCGCUCUACUCUGAGAUCAUGAUGUAUGUGCUGCUGGUGUGUUUGACCUUCUGGCUGCUGGUAGAGAUGGUCUACUGCUACAGAAAGAUUUCCAAGUCAGAUGAGCAGGCCCAGGACACAGCGACAAACUACCUAGCCAUUCCUUCUGAGCAGAAAGACAACCCAGCCGCUCCUGUUACCGAAUAAAAGCUGUUUUCAGUGACACG